CGAUAACACAAAACUUAUUCAUGAUUCUUAAUCUCGAGAUUUCACUUUUCUUUUGUCAUCAUGCUUCCUUCUAUUCUUUAUAAGCUUUUGAUUCUCUCUAUUACAGUCGUAGUUGUAUGUGCAUCAAAAUCAGAAUCAGAAUUGGAGCAGCCAACGAAGCUUCUUGGAGGUACAUUGAAGAAACCAGAGAAAUGUAAAGCCAAGUCUGCAACAAAUUCUAACGUUAAGAUCCAUUACCGUGCCCGUGCCUGGGGUCAAAAAGAGUUCUUUGAAAAUACUUAUCUAAGACAUAAACCCAUUGAUGUACAACUUGGAAAAAACAAAAUAAUCAAAGGUAUUGAGGAUGGUGUGCAUGGUAUGUGCGCUGGUGAAAUACGUAGACUUUUGAUCCCAGCCUAUCUCGCUUAUGGAGAAUUUGGUAUUCCUAAUCUAGUACCUCCCAAUACUGCCAUUGUUGCUGACGUAGAGAUGAUAUAUGUUGAUUCCCCAUUUAGCAAUCCUUGGUUCUGGAUCAGCGGUGCUCUUUUAAUCAUUGCUUUCUUCUUUUAUAGACAAAAUAUCAAGCAAAGUGAACGAAGUAGUCCUGGCGCUAUGCUUCAAACACAGUUGGCACAACAACAGCAAGAGCAAGAAAAGAAGGAACAGUAAAUUAUAUUGUGAAAGCCUAAGCUAGCCUUACUUUCAUUUCUUAAUUAAAUAUUACAAUCAAUCGUUUUGACUUGUUUACUACGAGUGCGUUUAGAUAAUUAUUGAGAUAGAGGGAUAUUGAGA